GUGUGUGCUGGACAGAGCGCUGAACCAUCAGAGGAGGCGAAGCGAGCGAGAGAUGUGGACAAAGAGAAGGAGAACGAAUAUGAGCAGUGUUUGAUCUGGAAUAAAACUCCAGUCCAGCCUCCAGAUCCUAGUUUGAACAAAGACUCAAGCCUCUGUUAUUUCAGCCUGAAACCACUUUGUGCCCUUGAAGACAGAAAGCUGGUUCAUCCAAAACCCCGAAAUCGCUGCUUUUAGAGCCGCUUCCCUCCAAAUGCUGCAGAUGAAGGAGAAGCAGAACAGGUCCUCUCUUCUGUCUCGCUUUGGAGGCUGAAACUGCAGCAGAUGGACGUUCACAGCUGGAUGUUAGCGUGACCCAGCAGAGAGAAAAGAAACAGCUGGAUGGCAGCCUGAGGGCUCAGUGGAGUUGAUGUGGCAGACAUGAAGACCCAGUACCAGUAUGGACGAAGUCAUCUGGAGAGACUGGUGUACGCGGCUCUGUUCACUCUGGUGUUGGUUCUGCUGGGACUUCUGGGCUCCGUCACUGGCUGUCCCGGUGUCUGCUCCUGCUAUGGUAACACGACUGACUGCACUGCUGUCGGACUCCUCUCUCUGACGCCCAUCGUCGGGCUGCUCGCCCAGGACUCUCUGGCCCUCCGCCUACCCCAGAACAACCUCUCUUUCCUGAGCAAAGCUGAGCUGUCCAAUUUCAGCAGCCUGGAGGUGCUGGAUCUUUCCCAGAACCACUUUUCCACCCUGCAGCCUGGAGCGUUCUCAGGCCUGAGCAGCCUGCACUGGUUAAAUCUGUCCUCCAACUACCUCGGUAAACAUCUGGCAGGCUUUGAACUCAACAGCAGCACAGUGACAGUCCAGGGCUUGAAUGGAAGUCAGGGGAGUGUUGGACUGAGCAAGGAGGUUUUCAAGGGGCUCUGGCAGCUGCGGGAGCUUGAUCUAUCCUCCAACGGUCUCAUGUGGCUGCCCAAGGGCCUGCUGGAUGGGCUUCAGAGACUCACCUGGCUGUCUCUGGCCAGCAACCUGCUUGUGACCCUGGACAGAGUCACAUUUGAGCCCCUGGUGGGGCUGCAGCACCUCCUGCUGGUGGGAAACCCCUGGAAGUGUGAUUGCAAGCUGAGAGACUUCAAGCACUGGAUGGAGUGGUUGAUUUACAGGGAUGGGCAGGUAGAUGCGAUGCAGUGCAGCCUCCCAGGGGAUCUGAAGGGCAGGGACAUCCGCAGCGUGCCAGCCGAGAUGUUCAGCUACUGCCUCCAGAGUCCAAACAAGGAGGGUGCCCCCCGGCCUCUUUGCAUGCCCGGCCGGGUUGGCAGCGCUGAUGACUGCGUCCGCCAACGCUACAGACCCGUGAGUGUUCGCCGGGCACAGGGCACGCAGAUAGUCGCGGCUGUGGUGUGCGGCACAGUGUGCGUCAUGAUGGUGGUGGCAGCGACUUACGGCUGCGUGUACGCCUCCCUGGUAGCUCGCUACCAGAAAGAGAUGAAGAGCCGCGGGCAGCCGCUGAUGGCCGAGUCUGGAGCCGACACCGACCUGGAGGACGGGCAGACGUCAUCCCCGACCUCACUGGAGGAGACGCCGCCCAAAGAGGCCUGCGGCUUCGUGCACAGUUAUCGAAUCAGCAGUUUCUGAUACACCGAUGGCUGUUUUUGCUCUUCAGCUCUCAGGUCUGCAGAGAGCUCACAGGGUGAAACUCUCCGGGUGGGGACUGACUGUACAGCUUAAUGGAGCAGACGAAAUCUGGUCUGAUCCUGCAGCACGCCUUUUAAUGUAUGGAUGCUCUGUGAAUUGUUAUUCCCUGCGCUGCAUCCCUCAGCCAGCUCUGAAACUUCUCUCAAGCUGCUGUUUGGCACUUCUGCACCUUGACUUCCCUUCAUGUGUGUUUUUAUUUCUCUUGUUUUUUAGAAACAUGAAAUAACAUUUAGGUUCUGUCUUUGCAUCUGAGCCCAAGAAGCACAAAGUCAAAAAGUACAAAUGUCUGUGAAUGUGUGACAUUUCUCCUGAUGUUUGCUGCAAAAAUGAUUUUUCUCCCGAUCAGCUGUACGUGUUUUACGUUCCCCGUUCUGCAGAAUGAUUCUUGCCUGUUCGGUGGAGGCCCUGCUGCAUCCCCUCAGACACUUUAAACCACACCAGAGUCCCGCUGCUGUCAGGCAAAUGCUGCUUUAAGCUUCAUCACAGGUUAACUGCAUUCAAACAAUACUAGAGCUGUACUGCCGCCUAGAGGGCAAGCUUAGAGCUGCAACAGCUUCUAAUCCAGCACAAAGAAACGCUCAACAAGUAACAGCUAUGACUACUACUAUCUCCAACACUGUCGAGUAAAGGAAGUGUGAGGAUAUCAGCUCACGUGUGCUCUGACGUACGAAGGUGUGUGUUUGGAUUCAUUUUCUGGGUUAAGCACAUGAAAAAAAACCUGAACCCUAAUUAAACUCAAGGACUGUUAAUCAU